GAUACAUACACCAAACAUUUUUUUGUGCUUUGUGAGGUUGAUUUAAAAAUGGCAUUAAAGCAGCUGACAUUAUUUGUGAUGUGUUCAUGGUUUGUCUGUAAAACUGAACAGGAAUUCUUCUCAUCAGUAGAUCAAGUUUCACAACUUUUUAAUGAAGAGGAAACCCUUCUGGACACCUUCAGUUUGUAUAUUGAUGCUGAAGAGGAAAACCUAAAGAAAAUGAAGAGUCUUCUUCUACUUCUUCAAUUGGGAUCAUUCUCCAACCCACAGAGCCCAGAGGAAACCACGAGAGACCCUGUGGCAGCUUUCAAAUUCCUCAAACGACUGAGACAUGAAUGGGUCAAUAUUGUCAAAUUCACUCAACAGAGUCUAUAUCAGGAGUUUCAGACACUACUAGAUUAUUCACUCAUCCCAGAGCUGGAGGAUAUAAACAGUGCUGCUUUAGGACUGAUCGGGCUGCAGGAGAUCUACAAACUCUACCCUCACAACAUAACAAAAGAAACACCUCUUAGUGCAGAUGAAGCCUACUAUAUUGGUCUGGUUGCUUAUGAAGAGGACAAAUUCCAGCAUGCCUUUCUCUGGUUUAUGCACAGUCUGGAAAGAUUGACAGAUUUCUCAUCGACUACUAAGAAUGAUUUGCUAAAAUUUCUUAGUUCCUCUGCCUAUCAGUUUGGCAACCUACCUGUGGCAAUUUACUUUGGCCAAAAGCUUCUAAAUCUGGAUCCAAGUAAUGAAGAAAUCAAAGUUCGAUUGGGCCUUUACAGACUCCUUCGUUUGCAGAGAACUUCAAACCCCGACAUUUUUACAUUGAACACACAGUCAAAUAACUCCUACGAGGCCCUGUGUAGAGGAGAGGUUGAUGAGAGGACCUCCAAGAGGCAGAGGGCGCUGUCCUGUAGGUACAGCACAGGUGGAGGAAACCCCAGACUGAUGUAUGCGCCAGUGAAAGAGGAAGAGUUGUGGGACGAGCCUAAAAUCAUCAGAUAUCAUGAUGUGAUCUCAGACACAGAGAUAGAGACGCUCAAGGAUAUCGCCAGACCUGAACUUACUAGGUCUCAGAUUGGAUUGGGAGAAAUUUCAGACAUUCGUACUUCUCAAAGUGUUUUUGUGGAUGAGGUUGGCACAGUUGCUCGUAUCAGUCAGAAGAUUGCAGACAUCACAGGACUGUCUGUGGAAUCAGCUGAAAGACUACAUGUUCAAAAUUAUGGGAUUGGUGGCAGAUAUUCGCCACAUUUUGAUGCAGGGGAUGAGGUGAAUGAAAGGACUGCUACAUUCCUUAUUUAUAUGAGUGAUGUGGAGGUAGGGGGCGCUACUGUGUUCCCUUAUGUUGGAGUUGCUGUCAAGCCGGAAAAGGGUUCCGCCGUGUUUUGGUACAACUUACACAAAAAUGGAGAGCUGGAUUUAAAAACAAAACACGCAGGAUGCCCAGUUUUAGUGGGAAACAAAUGGGUGGCUAAUAAAUGGAUCCAUGAGUUUGGACAGGAGUUCAGGAGACCCUGCUCUUUGUUACAAUGGGAAUGAAAGACACUAACUUUGAAGAAAUCAUUUGAGUAAUAUGAUUGUAAAAGUCAUAUUAUAUGAGCAUAUGUAGGCCUUUAAAUUAUGCAGCGUGCAAUAACUGUAACCAAAGUCAAGAGAAUGUGAAUGUUGUUUUUCCAUGUAUGUAUCAAGUAUUUUAGAUCUACGGUGUAUUAACGUUUACUGCAAUUUAGUUCUGUUUAAGUGCCAUGUUAAAUAAAAAUGCAAUAAGUUUCAGCGAGAUAUCAGUGUAAAAUAUCACAUUACAUGAAGUAAAUCAGUCCAACUAGUGAGUUAUUCCUGUAAAAUGAGGCACUGUGUAUUUUCUGCAGUUGUAUUUAAAGUGUAUGUUGCACAUUUCUUUUUCAGUAUGAUUAGGAAUGACGAUUUACAUGUUUUAUUGGUGUUGGGGUAUGUGUAGUAGCGUAAUGUAUUGUGCUUGUAAGCUAUAAUUUUUGAACAUGAAGUCACAAACAGGAUUUUUUUUUUUAACCUUACAAAAGUCUGUAAACAUACUCUACCCAAUGUAAAGUGCUUAUACACUUUUGUUAUUGUUAUAUUUUUAACCCAUGCUGUAUAUGUAAACUAGAAAUAUUAAGCUUUCAAGUAAUAAAUAGUUUGUUAUUAUUGCUUCAUGUUUAGACUACAAUAUUACAGUUUAAAAUUUAACUGUAACUGAUCCCAUGGGUUGUAUAGGGUGACAGUGAAUGUGCUUUAAUCAACCCAGGCUCAUUAGAAAUAUGUGCCCAGGAUAUGUGCCCAUUUUUUAGAACUGACAAAUAUGUAUUCUGGACUUCGUUGUCUUGAAGUUUUUGUUUUCAAAAAUCCUUAGAGGGAGCACUGUGUACAUUUUUUUACAAUGUCAAAUAAUUUCAUAUGUGCUAUUUCUCGUAAAUCCACCAGAGGCCACUGUGUACAUUUCUGUACAAUUUUAAGUCCUUCUCGUGUAUAUUUGUGAGAGAAGCCGGUGGGGUUGUUGUCAUGACUAAAAUAUCAACUUGAUAUCGAUUGAUCCACUCACCCUCUUCCCUAAACCCAACCGAUAGUGUUUUCAAAAGCAAACAAGAAGAGAAAAGCCAUUGCAACCAUGUACAAGCUUUUAACCCGACCUCACACUGCUUUUUGGGUUACGUUUUUCCUGGUUUCUGGAACAGUCCUUUGUCAGACUCAAACUUCUCUGCGUGCCAAGUGUAACGCUGUUCAAGGUGAGCUACCAUCAAAAGCCGUCCAUAAGGAGGUAUCAGUCAGCGGUAUUAUCCUGUAGCGUUUGUUUUACACUUAAGAUGCUACCAUAUGUACCCGCAAGCAAAUAAUUCUCGGUUCUCAAAAAUGUACACCAAGGUACAUUUUCUCAAUGAGCCUGUGUAGGUUUUAAUCUAUUAAUCUUCCUUAACAAGAAAAAAACUGUGGUAAAAUAUGUAUUCAAAAGUCUUAUACCUUUCCAACAAUUUAUAGUUUGUCAUGAUUGGAUUAGAAUUUCAUUGCAAAAAAAAGAGAUGAAAUAUUAACCACCCCAAUGGUGGGAUUUUCAUUUUUUUUAGGUGUUUAGGUGUAGGUGUGUACUGUAUUGCGCCUAUAAGCAGCAAGUCGCAAAUUGGAUUUUUUGUUUUGAUGAACCUCACAAAAGUUUGUAAACUUGUCUGUAUAAUUUCUGACGGUGACAGUGAAGGGUUUCAAUUAAUUGCUGUAUGUUCCUGUUUUAAGUUGAAGGAAAUAUCUGUAAAUUAUUAUAAUUAUAAAUAUCUGAAAAUUAUAACACAAACAGUAUGUUUUUCAUUUUUAAGUGACAUGCAGAGAAUAAGACAGCAAGUUGUUUCAUGAGACUAAACACAG